CGUGACUGUUCGCAGAUAGCUCCAUGCGCAAGGGCUGUCCCGUUCUUGAGCUCGGAGCCAAGGACGACAGGCAGGUCCACUUGUUGCCUAACCCGCAUCUGUAAAGCAAAGCCUGUCCUCCCUCUCUCAUCUCCCUCUGCCCUUUUGAUCCCGCCCGUGCUUGCCUACCCGGCGGAGGGGAUUAUGUUAAGCUAAUGCGGCGGCCCCCUUUCCUCGGCUCGGUGUUUGCUCCUCCCCUCCUCUUCUUAUCGGCCUCUGGCGCUUUCCGGGCCUCGGAUUCUUUGUUGCGCUCCCCCAUUGCGCCCUGCUGCUUCUUCGCUUUGCAUCUGGGUUGAGCUGGAGCAUCGAUCCGCCUUGCUCGGCGGAGGCGGCUUCAGCUAGAAUCCACCGCUCUUUGGUUUGGUUUCCCCCCAUCAGAGCUUUGAAUCGGUUCUACUUUGUUUGCAUUUUGGAGUCUCCCAAAGCAAAAGUUUUCCCCUUUUUUGCUUGCAUUUGACAUGAGGAGAGACGCUGAGAUUUCCCACCUGUUCUAAGCAUGCUAUCCCUGAACAAAAUGCAUUUCCUCAAGUUGUAUUCCAGCAGCAACAGCUCCAGGAAUGGCUCCGCGGAACACCCCACCCGGACGUCCUCCCAGGGAAGCAACAAGGCCGGCCGGACGGGGAGGAUGGCCGAGUCGCCCACCGGGCUCAGCCCCAAGGUCGACCGCCGCUCGGCGAUGAGUGCCGAGAGAGAGAAAAGGAGGCCACCGACGACGAAGCUGUCAGAGCUGGAGUCCCAGCUGUCGCAGCUGCAGGACGAGCUCAAGAAGGCCAAGGAGCAGCUCCACUCCUCCGAGGUCUCCAGGAAGCGGGCCCUGCAGGAGGCCGACGACGCCAGGGCGCAGGCCACCGCGGCGUCCGCGCAGGUGCGCAACUCCGAGGCCCAGCUCGCCGAGCUCUCGUCGGCAGAGGAGGCCCGCCUCCUGGAGCUGCGCCGGCUGUCGCAGGAGCGCGAUCGGUCGUGGCAGUCGGAGCUGGAGGCCUUGCAGAAGCAGCACGCCGCGGACUCGGCCGCGCUGGCCGCCGCGAUGGGGGAGGUGCACCGCCUGCGCGUGCAGCUCGCGGCCGCGGCGCGCGCCGACCGCCGGCAGGACGUGGUGGAUGCUCUGGCCACCAUCGACGAGCUCAGGGUCAAGCUCAAGGCGAGCGAGGAGGCCGAGGCGCAGGCGCGCGCCAUGCACGAGGAGUGCAAGCAGCAGCUGGAGGCGAGCCGGGCCACGAUCGACUCGCUGCUCACCGACGGCUCCAAGCUGAUGGACUCGUUCAGCCUCGUGGUCAAGGAGCUCGAGGAGUCGCGCGCCAAGGUCAAGGCUCUCGAGGAGGAGGUCGCGGAGGCGUCAUCAAGGAUCGCCAGCGAGCGCUGCAAUUGCUCGGGCUCGGAGGCCGCCGAGCUGAGGUCGGAAUUGGAGGCCGCGGAGGCCAGGUAUCAAGAAGAGAAGAUCCUUAGCACCGUGGAGACGCAGUGCGCGUACGAGCUCAUGGAUCAGAUAAAGACCGAGUCCGACCUGCGGCACGGCAAGCUCGCCGCGGCGCUCGAGAGCGCCAAGUCCGAGGUCAUCUUCCUCAAGGCGAGCCUGUUCGACAAGGAGUCCGAGCUGCGGCGCGCCCUGGACGCGAACAAGAAGCUACAGUCCGAGGCAAGAACGGACAGCUCGGCUGACGCGCUGAAGGAGCAGCUGCAGGGCGCGCUGCAGGAGAACGGGCAGCUGAAGCAGGAGCUGCAUCAGUACGAGUCCGAGAAGGGCUCCGCGGCCGCGAGGACGCCGGAGGCCGACGCGGUGGAGGCGGCGAAGAAAGGGGAGAUGGAGACCGAGCUGCGCCGCCUGCGGGUGCAGGCCGAGCAGUGGCGCAAGGCCGCGGAGACGGCCAUGGCGCUGCUGACGGUGGGCAAGGGCGGGAACGGCAAGGUCGUGGAGCGGAGCGAGUCCUUGGAGGGCGGCAAGUACGCGGGCCUGUGCGAGGACUUGGACGACGACGCGGCGGCGAGGAAGAACGGCAACGUGCUGAGGAGGAUCAGCGGGAUGUGGAAGAAAUGAGAGGGGCGAUCGGCCAGCUGAGCGGCGGCGGCGGCAGCGGCGGCGUGGCUUGUACUGCUGCUCCAGGGAGCCCUGGGUCUCUCAGGUGUAAUCGUUUUGCCGGUGCGUGUGGUGUAAAAAACAUAGUACAGUGCUGUACUGGUUGGGGUAAACGUGCUCAUAGCUGUAUUAUACAACGUGGUAUAUGGAGGAUCAAUUCAUCCGGGUGUGCAGGUCGUGGUAGGGGUCUCU